AUGGCAGACGGAAUUACUAUCCUCGUAGGCACCGCCGGACAGGGAGUCAUGCGCAGUAUCGACAGCGGGGACUCGUGGCGGCGCGUGGGCAUCACGCAGGGCAUCCAUUCGGACGCCGUGGUGCGCUGCCUGACGCCCGUCCCCGGCACUGAGAGCGCCGUCUUGGCCGGAUGCGACAGCGGCAUCCUGCGCAGCGACGACAACGGCGACACCUGGCGGCGCGUCGACACCGCGAUGAACGGUACCGCCGUCUGGGCCAUCGCCUUCGACCCGUCCAACCCGCAGGUCGGAUUCGCCGGCACCGGCACGCCCAACCCGUGCCAGAUCUACCGGACCCGCGACGGCGGCGCCAGUUGGGAACUGCGACCGUGCGAAGUCGCUGCCGAGUGCCCGGCUGUCGGCGUGCCGCGGGUCACGGGAAUCGCCAUCGACCCGACCAAUGGCAACAGCAUCUGGGUGGGCAUCGAGGUGGACGGCCUGCGCCACAGCUCCGACGGCGGCGACACCUGGGAGACCGUGCCGCACCAGGACAUUCCGAACAUGGACAUUCACAACGUCACCGUGACGGCCGGCCCCCCGCAUCGGGUGGUGGUGAUGGUCAACGAUGAUGUGUUCCUGAGCGAUGACGACGGCGAUUCGUGGCGCAACCUCGGCGUCCGCCAGAACUUCCCGUUGGGAUACCCCGAGGCAUCAAGGUGA